ACGCCUCAAGCUGCCCCUUUUUGUUACUUCUGAACUGUCAGGAGGUCCUAAAUGUUUGAAUUAGCUGAAUAAUAAUGUGUGGGAGUAUGAAAUUUAGGUUAUAUACGUUUAGCUUGAAACGAAAAUAAUUUAUUAAAUUUAGACUAUGAAUAGACUUAAAUGUGAAUGAAAAUCCUUUCAAAAUGGCUCUCCUUGGCGCUCAGUUAGUUAUAACACUGAUUAUGGUAUCAGUGAUACAGAAGUUGGGAAGUUAUUCGUUUGCAAGAUGGUUAUUAUGUUCCCAAGGGUUGUAUAGAUAUUUGUAUCCUACGAAUAGUGAAUUGAAAAGUUUGGCGGGAGUGCCCAAGGAGUCUUCUAAGGGUAAAAAGGGAAGUAAAAAUGAGUCGAACGGCAAGCCAGAGACGUUCCAUGUGCCUCGGAGUUUGGACAUACAGCUGGAGACGGCGCCCGUGACUGCGCUGGAUGUGGUCCACCUAAGGUUUUAUACUGAGUAUGUGUGGAUUGUGGACUUCUCGCUUUACACUUUGAUAGUGUAUAUUAUGUCGGAGGUCUACACAUCAAUAUUCCCGCUGAAAGAUGAGUUCAACCUGAGUAUGGUGUGGUGCAUCCUAGUUGUAUUAUUCUCAUUUAAAAUCUUACUAAGUCUCACUAAACAGUACUUCACAAGUGAGGAGUCUAUUGGUGAGCGGUCCACCUGCAUAGUGUCCUUCUGUGUGUUCCUGCUGAUUGCCAUGAUGGUGCUCAUCGUCAGUGAGGCCAACCUCGAGGUCGGGGUGGACCCUGCUUAUGACAGCUUCUAUGAAAAUGCUUCCAAGUUUCUUGAGAAUCAAGGACUGUCUUCCGUAGGGCCAGCUUCAAAGUUAAUUUUAAAGUUUUUCCUUGCUGUGUGGGCAGCAAUCAUUGGAACUCUUUUUACAUUCCCAGGAAUGAGAGUUGCUAGAAUGCAUUGGGAUUCAUUGAGGAACUACAGUGAUAAUAAAGUGAAGGCAAUGUUACUGAACAUAAACUUCGCGAUGCCAUUCAUCCUGGUGCUGCUGUGGGUGCGACCCAUCACGAGGCACUACCUCACCGUCCGCGUCUUCAGCGGUAUGGAGAAGCCACUAAUGACAUCUGAAGCCUACGACACUCUCCGACUAGUGUUAAUAGCGUGUACGGUAGUGACCCGGCUGCUGCUGAUGCCGCGCCAGCUGCAGGCAUACCUCGACAUGGCGCAGCGGCGACUCGACGUGCAGAAGAAGGAGGCCGGCAGGAUCACUAACAUCGACCUACAGAAAAAGAUCGCGUCAGUAUUCUACUACCUGUGCGUGGUGUCGCUGCAGUACAUCUGCCCCAUCAUCAUGUGCCUGUACAUGGCGCUCAUGUACAAGACGCUCGGCGGCUACACGUGGGCCGCACUGUUCUACGACGUGGAGGAGGUCUGCGCAGUCGAUGACAGGGACAGGACUGUGCUGGAGACCAAUGGAGAAGGCGACGGUAUUGAGCAGUUCCAGCUCGCGUGGGAGAACUUGAAAAUGGUGUUCACGGCGGACGUGUACCGCGGCGUGUUCGGCUUCGCGACGUGGUGGUGCUGCUUCGCGUGGUUCCUCACCACGUCCGUGGGGCUCGGCUACCAGACAUACUUCAGAAUCUCGUGAUACUAACACAUAGCUCUCGUAGAUCUAGUCAUAGUCAGUUUGAACAGAAAAAUAAUGCACUGCAACAGUUUUAUUUAUUUAACCAUUUAUAUGUAGGUACCAAAAAAUCAUCUUUAUAAGACCGUAAGAUAUGAACAUAAGUGAACAAGCAUUAUGAGAAUUGAAGUAUUCUUUAUUGUUAUAGUCAUCAUUAUUUACAGAUAGCAUUAAUAAUACUUGUGAAGUACCAAAUAUCCAAAGGUUGUUUUAAAAUAGUGACUGAGAGGUUAAAGGAUUAAUGAAAACACAGUGUGUACCAAAAAAGUACAUAAGUUAUUAUAAUUUUUGUUACAAAGGCAUACCCAUAGUUUUAAUCAACAUUUGUAAUAAAAACAAUAAGACUGCACUUGACCCACUUAGUUCAAAUCACAACAUACAAUGGUGCAUAUUAAUUAAGUAGUUUUUUUUGUUUGUCUGCAUCCGUGCAUUAUUUAAUUGCUAAAUGAAGAAUGUCUGUUUGAUUUUUCUGUUCAAAUUUUCAUAAAUCACCAUAAUAUGACUGCUAUUAGAAAUAAGAGGUGUGGGAAAUGCUUUCUUGAGUGUGUCCUAUGAUUUUAUAAAAAAAUAAAAGUAUUAAGAAUCGCUUGACUAUAGCACAAAAUACGCACUGAGUAACUUAUAACGAAAUAAGAAAGGACAUUGAUAAAGUAUGACGCAAGAUAUGAUCGUAUUUUGCUAAGUCGUUUCAUGAGUCAUCAUGAUAAGCAAAACUUAUUAAGGGGUUCUAUGAUUUUGUUCACUGUGUAAUUAUUAUUAGAUGAUAUGUUGUUGUGAAGCAAUUGAUCAAUAAACAAAUACCACAUAAAAGGGACUUAAAUAAAGGUCCCAAGUUUAAAACAUCAAUGUGAAUAAAUUUUUGAAGCUUUACGAAAGUUUAGCUCCAAAAGCUAAACUUUACAACAUAAUAUUUAAAAUGAAAUAGAGUUGUUUAGGAAGUAAGACACAAUUUACAGUUAUCAGGAGUGUUUGUUUUAUUUAUUUUAAUGUAUUGGACUGUUUUUACGAAUAAAAUAUUUUUAAAGUUGA